AUGGUUUUUCGGGUCUUGUUAGCUAAAGUGAAAGCCUUCGUUAUGGGAGAGGAGGAGCCCAAUAAAGCUGAAUCUGCGGCAGCCUCUCUGCCUACAGCUGAAGAGCAUGGACCUGUUAAAGAAGAGAAAGAAGCCCCUCUAAAGGAUGCUGUUAAUAAGAAGAGCUUGGCCCCAGUUUCUGAAAAGGUUGCGGAUCCACCUGCUGAUGCAAAAAAUUCAAGAGGGUCAAGUGAUAGAGAUGCUGUGCUUGCAAGGGUUGAAACGGAGAAAAGAUGUGCUCUAAUUAAAGCAUGGGAAGAAAAUGAGAAAGCUAAAGCCGAGAACCAGGCUCACAAACAAAUCUCUGCCAUUGGAUCGUGGGAGACAACCAAGAAAGCAUCUGCGGAGGAAAAAAUAAAGAAGUUCGAGGAAAAAGUGGAGAGGAAGAAGUCUGAAUAUGCAGAGAAAAUGAAGAACAAAGUAGCCGAACUCCACAAGGCAGCUGAGGAGAAGAAAGCAAUGAUUGAAGCAAAAAAAGGUGAAGACUGUCUCAAGGUAGAGGAAACUGCAGCGAAAUUCCGAGCAUCUGGGCAUACACCAAGGAACUUUCUCGGAUGCUUUAAUAGUAACUGGGAGAACAUGUGUUACGUUACCCAAGUUGUGACAAGGACGGAGUUGAAAUUGAUAUUUUCUUCUGUGUUAGCUGAAGUUUCUACAGUUUGGAAAAAAAGAAAGAAAGAAAUUACUAGGAAGGUUAGUUACUCAUUUGGUGUGUCUGCAGUUCUGAAGAACUUGCCACCUUCUGAUAUUUGUACUGUUCAUUUUAGAUUCAUUAGAACAAACAAUAUGGGUUUCACUGGGACCUUAGAGAAAUGCAAGGCCUGUGAUAAGACUGUUUAUUUCGUCGAAUUGGUUUCUGCUGAUGGAGUUCCUUAUCAUAAGAAGUGCUUCAAAUGCAGCCACUGCAAUGGUCUUCUUGUGAUGAGCAGCUAUUGCUCAAUUGAUGGAGUUUUAUACUGCAAACCUCAUUACGACCAGCUCUUCAAGGAAACUGGCAAUUUGACCAAGAAAUUCCAACCCUCUGGAGAGAAGAAAAAUGGCCUGACAAAGGCCCCAAGCAAACUUUCCUCCAUGUUCAGUGGCACCCAAGACAAAUGUGCAUUCUGCAAAAAAACUGUAUACCCAUUAGAGAAGGUGACUGUGGAGGGAGAAUUCUAUCACAAGUCCUGCUUCAGGUGUUCUCAUGGGGGUUGCUAUAUCUCACCUUCGUCCUAUGCUGCUCUUGAUGGCAUCCUAUACUGCAAGGCCCACUUCGCUCAAUUGUUUAAGCAGAAGGGAAGCUACAGUUAUCUCACCAAAACUGCCACAAUGAAGAAAAACGCAGUAGAUUUGCCAGAAGAAAACUCUGAAGCAGAACAAAACAAUGCAACGGUGCCAGAAGCAAAAGGAGAUACUAACUCUGAUUUAGCCAUUGCACAAGAGACAUCGUAA